AUGUCAAAUCCACCAAGCCGUAGUCCAUCAGGAAUUUUAUCUGAACCAAAUAAUGCUUCAGCAUCAACACCUUUCACUGAACAGCCGGAUCUUCCUCUUCUAUACAAAGCUCAUGAUGAUACGAGUUCAAUGAUAUCUCAUUUGGAUGAAAACAAUGAGAAUGAAGCUGUUGCGCCAUUGGUUUCUUCAAUUUAUGGUGAACAAAACGAGAAUAAAACAACAAAACUAGAAACUUUAAUGCAUAUAAUCAAAGGUAAUAUUGGAGCUGGUAUUCUUGCAUUUCCUUAUGCAUUAUCAAAAGCUGGAAUACUCUUUGGACCUAUUGCUUUUUGGAUUAUGGGUGCAAUGACAUUAUAUUGUAUGCAUCAACUUCUUCGAUGUCAUAGUCAUUAUCAAUAUCGUAUAUCACGACAAAAAUGUGAUUUUGGAGAUAUUAUGCGAUAUACAUUAGCAACAUGUCGCUGGAGAUGUGUACAUCGUUAUGCAAAGCUGGGAAAAUUUAUUAUUGAUGGUUUUAUUGUUGUAACACAACUUGGAUUUUGCGCAGUGUACUUCGUAUUUGUACCAGCUAGUAUUAAACAGGUUGUCGAUCAUUAUUUCGUUCAUAAUCUACCGAUUCAAGUUUAUCAAUUUAUAAUGUUAUUACUUGUCAUUGGUUUUUCAUUCAUUCGAAGUCUCAAAGUACUUGCACCAAUUUCACUUGCUGCUAAUAUAAUUACUAUUGGAGGAUUAAUUGUAAUUAUGCAGUAUGUUGUUCAAGAUCACAUUCCACUUAAACAGUUGCCUCUUAUAACACCACCAUCAGAAUGGCCAGUAUUUUUUGCAGCUGCAAUGUAUGUAUUCGAAGGAAUUGGUCUGGUUUUACCAAUUCAACAAAAAAUGAAAGAACCAGAAUCUUAUGGUGGAGUGACUGGAGUACUUAAUAUAGGCAUAAUUAUCGUUACUACUCUAUAUUUUUUCGUUGGAUUUUUUGGCUAUAUUCGAUAUGGAUCUGAUGCACUUGGUUCGAUUACACUUAAUUUACCGAAUGAUAAUAUAGUAUAUCAAAUUACUAAAAUUAUGUAUGCUGUAGCAGUAUUUUUAACAUACAAUUUACAAUUUUAUGUUCCAUUUUCACUCCUAUGGCCACGUUUAUGUCGUAAAGUUUUUUAUCGAUACGGUGAAAUAACAGUCGAAAAAUGUGAACAUGCCUUUCGAAUUGGUCUUAUUCUUAUUACAUUUAUUAUCGCUGCAUUGAUUCCUAACCUUGGCCUUGUCAUAUCUUUAGUCGGAGCUGUAGCAUCUACAGCAUUAUCAGUUAUAUUUCCUCCAAUAUGUGAAUCAAUAACAUUUUGGCCUGAUGGUCUUGGUCGUUAUAAAUGGCAAUUAAUGUUAAAUUUAUUAAUAAUUAGUUUUGGUUUAUAUGUAUUUAUUGCUGGUACAACUCUUAGUGUAUCAAAUAUAAUUGCUUGCAUUCGUGAUGGAGCUCGGUGUGACGAUUAA